UCAGACACCAAAUUCUUACAUUCACCAGUGUAUAAAGAUAAAAAGAAGAAAAGUUUAAGAAAAAUGCAGAUGUACAGUGCUUUUUUUCCCACAUUAUUUCAGUGUGUACAUUUGGAAAUAAAUGUCCUUCUGAUCCAGUCCUGAUUGUUUUGUUGGUCUUGUGCAACAUGGAAACCAGACAAGUGAAGCGAAGCAUUGAAGCCCUGCUUGGUCAUUAUAUUGGACAAAAAAUCCGGGAAAAUGACUUUGACCCAACAGGGAAAGGCUCUUCCUCGAUGCUGGAUAAUUUGGCUCAUUAUGAUUUAGCCAUAAAUGUGGCUUUAUGGUAUCUGAAUGAGAAAAAAGGUGCUGACAUGAAUGAACUUAUAGGAGCCAUCAGUCCCAGCCACAAUAACUGUUCUAACCGACUGGAAAGAGAGGCUAUAAUCCUUUCAUCCUUUGCAGGAAUGAUUUUGAAUAGCUUGCCUGUGACUGACAUCCUGUCACUGUAUAGCUGCAAGCCAUCUGUCUCCUGCCCUUAUCCAGACACUAAAAGCAACAUCAUUCAUCCUUUCUCCUUAUCCUAUCACCCAUUUGCCAUGCUCAGUUCAUUUAAGGCAGUAGACCGUUCAAGAAAGCACACACAGAUGCUGAAAAGGUGGAAAGCUCUGCGUAACAAAAGAGCAUCAGCAGAGCAGGAGAAGCAGAUGGUGUCCUCCCCAACCCCCUCUUCUCCAUCAUCUUUUAGUGACAGUGUGGAUUCAUUGAAAGAGCAAACAAAGCACUAUGAAGGCUCAGAAGAAUCGCAGCAGGACUGAAGACUACUCACCCAGAUAAUCUUUAAAGCGUUCUGUUAUUACUAUAUAUAUGUUUUACAUUUAUUUUUUAUCUUUAAAAAUACAACCGAGUUACAACCUUUUAGAAGCCUUAGCUUAUGUUUAGUAAUGUAAGUAAAAGCCAACACUUAAUAAACUGUAUUAAUAUGAAAUAUUUGCAUAUAGUAAAAUGUGCCUUACGCUUUCAACCUUAAAAUUGUGUCCUACUGGCAGAUAAUGUUGCAUCUUUCUAGAAAUAAAUGCUUUAAAUAUACAAAUUUAUUAUUUCAGCACAUCAGGAAACAAAAAGACAAAUCUGCAUGCCUUGGUUUCACCUGACUAGGCUUUUUCAGGAGCUUGUACACUGCAGCUUUUACUGGAAACUCUAAUGUUGUUGUGUGACUAUUGUGGGUAACAGAAUCAUGAUUGUAAAAUACUUGAAAAGGUGUGCUGAGAGUGGGGUUUUUUAGAUGGUGUAUUUCUGGUCUGGAAAAGUGGGUACUGCACCAGAUUUUACACCAAUAAAUAGCUUAAAUAUA